AAGGUAUCAAAAGACCGUGUAACAUUACUUAUGUGCAGUAAUGCUUCAGGCGAUUACAUGGUAAAACCUAUGCUGGUUUAUAAAUCUCUCAAUCCUCGUGCAAUGAAAAACCUAAAUAAGAGUAAUUUUCCUGUAUACUGGGCAGCAAAUAAAAAAGCUUGGGUGACUACUGAAUUAUUUAUAAAAUGGUUUUUAAACUGUUUUGUACCAAGUAAACUACUUAAAACAGAAAACUACUUAAAACAGAAAAAUUUAGAUUUUAAAGUUCUACUUAUAUUGGAUAAUGCGCCCAGCCAUCCACAAGAUUUAAAUCACCCAAAUAUCAAAAUAACUUUUUUACCUCCAAAAACAACUGCUUUACUUCAACCAUUAGAUCAGGGAAUUAUAGCUACAUUUAAAACCAAUUAUAUAAGAUCAUUACAAUGGAUUUUGAAUAAAAUCGAUGAUGAAUCUAUGGACGUUAAGGAGGCGUGGAAACUCUUCACAAUUUUGGACUGCAUUAACCUAAUAAACUAAUCCAACAGAGAAAUAAAACCAACGACAUUAAAUGGAUGUUGGAGAAAAAUAUGGCCGGAGUCAAUUGAAAAUGAAAAUUUGAUCGAGACAGCAGAAAACAGAAUGGAUGAGGUAGUAGAAAUUGCUAAGUCUCUAGGAGGAGAAGGUUUUGACGAUAUGAUUGCACAAGAUAUCCAAGAAUUACUGGUGGAAGAAGAAAUUUAUGAAGCAGGUUUGGUAGAAAUGAUAUCUGGAAUCCAUGAUAACUCAGAGGAUGAUAGCACAGCUGAAGACAAAGAAGUUAAAAAGUUUACUCUACAAAACAUAAAGAAAGGCCUAGGAUUAGCCGAACAGUUAGAGUCAUAUUUCUUAAAUGAAGAUCCUUCAAAUGAAAGGAGCACAAAGUUCAAAAGAGAACUUCAUAAGUGCUUAGCACCAUAUAAAGAAAUUUAUACAGAUCUUUUAUCUAAAAGCAAGCAAUGUAAAAUAACAUAUUUUUUGCAAAAGGUAGAGCAUAGAUAUGAACAUAAUGCAGAAAAAUGCUCAGAGAAUAAGAAUAUCUUGCAAAAAAUAAAAUGCCCUCGGUUAACAGUGCUUAGUGCUGAUGAAGAAAAUAUUGUUUAAUUUACAUUAAUAUGUAUAACUUCUUUAAAAAAUUUUA